AUGAUGUACUGGACAUAUAUAAGGUUAGUUCUACGCCGCAGCUCCGUCGUUUUUAGAAGCAUACAAGGAAAAAAUGUUCUGUUGUACUUUACCUUUCCGCAGCCUUUAAAUUCUCACUCUGUGAAUGCCAUUCCUGGGGAUAAAAUGAGUGAAGAAUACGAAGUGAAGGACAUCAAGGAUGAAGUGCAAAAAGAAUAUUCCGAAAAUUCUUUAAAAAGGCUAGCCGAAAGGUACCACAAAGAUGUGGGCGAAAGUGAUCAGAACAUUUUGGAAGAGCUUGACCAGCUUAACGACAUUAUAGGGGAAAGGACUCUUCACUUAAAUAUAUUUUAA